AUGGCGAAGGCCACAUUUUUGUCAAAUGAUUUAAAUUAUGAUUCGUCUGCAUCCAGUCCUGCGCUCUCAAUUCCUGAGGAAUACAGAAAAAUUUUCGAAUCCGAUGAUUCAGAUCAAGAUCCUAAUUACAUACCUAUAGAAAAAAGUGGCAACUAUGCACGUAGUAAAACACCAACGAAGAAAAUGCCUAAUAAAAAACAAUGUCUAGGUACGAUUUGUCCUGGACCUACAACCGAGGCUGAAAAUAAAAAUAUCUUGGAGAGUCUGCCUAACGAAUAUGACGGUGAAACAUCAAACAGAAACGACAACGAAGUUGAAAGUAGCUCCGGUGUUUCUGCAGGUAACCAUUUUACCAGUAAUUUAUACAAACAAAAAAAUCGAAACUUAGGAAAAGAAUAUACCACAAAAACCGGAAAAAUAGUUAAAAAAAGAGAAAGGAGGAAGCUCCUCGAAUGUCGCAGUAAAUGCUCUACUUUAAUUGAAAUUAACAUGCGCGAAAAAAUAUUUGACGAAUAUUGGCAGAUAGGAGAUUUUAAUAGAAGGCUUGCAUACAUCGCAGGACUUUUAAACUUCAAAGAGCCGAAACAAGGAAAGGUUGGAAAACUUUUGCCACAUCUUAGAUAUCAGCAAUCACGCAUGAUACCAAAGGAAAAAAAAGGAUCUCUUGGAUUUGCUUCCUUACAUAGGCCCAACAUACAGGGGAUUUUAUGA